GUUGUCAGUGAGUGUGCGGUUGCCCGUCGCGGGUAGUUGUGUUGCGUCGGGAAGCUGCAUCGUCCGCGGGAUCGUGACUCCGAGAUCUCGCGCGCGUACGUGCGAAUCGCGACGGUGAAGCGCGCGCGGACGCGUUUCAACGCGUCACGUAGCGUCGCGAUUGCCCUCGCCACCGGCGGCGAUUUAAAAACGAGCGACUGCAUAUUUCGUAUACACAUCAAGUGUUGUGUGCCACCCUUCCCGCCCUCUUCCUCUCUCCCUCCGGCUGUUUAUCCGGGGCGCGCGGGGUUUAUCGUGCGUCGAAUGUCAGCAACCCGAAAAUCUAGCGACGGCGCGCUUCCGGUCCGUCAUCUACCUGGCCAUCCCGUCGCGAGACGCGGCGUCGGGUGGGCUCUCUCCGUUUCUCUCUAUCUCCCUCUGUCCCUGUCUUUCUCAUUUCUCGCCGUCGAGAGAUGGUAAACACAUUGAGUGACAGCGUGCGCGAGUGAGAGAAAACGCGGCCGUUUCGACUCGUCCGGCCCAAGACGUGAGUUGGAAUCUGCGAGAAGAGGAACGUCCAGUUGGGUCCCGAAUUCUUCCUCACGGUGGUUCAAGGUCGUCUAAAAGCGUUCAGACAUCACGAGUGCGUACGUACGUGCGUGCGUGCAUGCGAGCGAGCAAGCAAGCAAGUAAGCGAACGCGUGAGGAAGCGAGGCAAGACGACGCGACGUCUUCCACGCGACGCCGCGCGAGAGAGCUGUCAGCGAUCGUCGAGACUUCCCCGGUUCUUCCAUCUCGAAAUAUCGAGAACCUGAGAUUUCUUCCGACAGUAUUUACUUGACAGACAACGGUCACCGAAACCCGAUGCAUCGAAAAUCUGAGUCAGCCCACGAGGACUUGCCGGUUGAUGACGAAGGGGGGGAACCGUGCCAAGUUUCGGUGCCGUGCUCUUCCUACGCUUCAUUUCGAACCUGUGACGUUAUCCCAGGCUGCCCUGCAGGGAUAAUAUUCGCCUGUGACCCACCGACUGUGAUUUCAACGUGUGACGCCACUGCCAAAAAGGAAACAAAUUAGCGUCGAGCGCGAACUCGCGUCUUCGUCUCCUUCGCCUUCCAAUCUGUUCAUCGUGGACGAGUGUCUUCCAGAAUCUUGUACCAGAAACAACGCACGAUACAAUUUUUGUCAUUGUCUUACUCCGAGAUACCCACGUCUUCCUACGAGUUCCAACGUCCUUCGACCAGCGAACCGAAAGGACCUCUUCGAAUUUUUUUUGAAGCACACUCGAAACACGAAAGAAGGAUCGAUUCUUCUGCCGAUCAAGACACUACGAGUGCUCCGAGAAUGUUCUUUGACCAAGUCAACGCGAACGCGAUUCAUUGACUGUAUUACGUCAAUUUGGACCGCAUACGAAAGCAAGGUGCACAUUGCAAGACGGAUGCGCCUUGCCACCGCUAUCGUCGUUCGAACACGUUCGAAACAUCGUGGCAUCGUUGCCGCGUUUGUUUUCGGUUCGAGCAGUUAUUUAUUGUAAAGGAUCAUCUCUCGUUCGUCGCGAGAUACGGCAGGACGACGCCGUGACGAUCGUCGAGAGGCGCAUCAUCGAGUCGGCCGCGUGUGAUGCGACGCAUACAAGGCUGCCGCUGCUGUCGUCGUCUCGCGUCAGCUUGCGCGACCGCCUCCUCGUCGCAAUAACGGCGAAGAUGUUCGGAAAGGUACCGCCGUCGAACACGCCGGGUCCGCCUAAUAAUAACAGCGGCCAAGCGUCAGCCAAGUCGUGCAUCAGACCGGCGACGACGGGCACGGCGUCGUGUCUGCCGUGCUUCUCGGUGGAGGAGACGCCGACGGUGAGUGCCGACGACAAGGCCAGACCUUGGCGACCGACGAAGGACAACGUCGACAACGAUUCGUCCGUCGUGGUCUCCGAGGCACCCAGCAACUCCCUGCAAUCGCCCGCCGGUUUGAUGGACGUCAUAUCCGCGGAGCUUUCUAGGCCCUGCAGGAUCGACGAGACAACAACGACCUGCAAUUCCGUCUCUUCCAAGACUUCGGCCAAGUGUUUGCCCAAGGAAGGAUCAUCCCAAAUUGGCAGAAAUCAUGUCAACGCGGUGCAAAAGUGUGCCGCCGGUCAAAACUGUUCGAAUUACUUGAAGACCGGUGUCGGCAGAUCGCGACGACCGCAGUCCACCACGAUCGCGAGAAAUCUUAACGUCGACUCGUGUGCCAGAGACUAUACGAUCGCGAAGAUCGCCGCGAAGAUCGCCGUGAAGCGAGAGUCCGUGAGCACCAAAGAGCAUCAGACAACGUGUAACGAGCAGCAGACCAAGUGCUUGCAGGGAUACGCCCCUUCGGGUACGGUCGCUGCCAAAUUAUCUUCGCCGAGAUCUUCCGAGACGAUCCAACACAUGUCGCUACCGGGUGAAAAGAGAUCCGGGAACGACGAUCUCGUGACGGACAAUUACUUCGCGAGCUCGAAUGGCGCGUCCAGCGUGCCGGCGGUUGUGAGCGAGCAGUUGCAUCAGAAGCCGGCGUCGAGAACGAUCGACGUCACCGACGUCACCGACGGCGCCGGCGAUUCCGCGACCGUCACCGCCGCGUCCUGCGAGGAUGACACCUGCGACGAUUUCGUCAUCUCGACGCCGUUCAAAGAUCGGACGGUGAGGAGGAUCAGCGGCGAGGCCCUGCAGCAGAAUUGCGCGUCCUAUCUGCCGCAAGAUCUGCCGACGGAACUGCAGUCGUCCAUCUCGCCGAAGACCUACAAGGAGCUUAAGGAGAAGUGCCGCGAUCCUUCCUGGCGACCCACGGAGAUGACGGAGAGUGGCGCGGUGCACGGAUUGACGAUGUGCUCGGGCGAGACGGUUCAGGACUCGAGUUCGAAGAGACGCACCGGGGCGUCGUGUCAGGCGCUCAGGCACGCCGUCGCCUCAUUGAACCGCCUGGACGACUUCUACAUGGAGAAAAUUGGCGCGGGCUUCUUCUCGGAGGUUUAUAAGGUUACUCACAAAGUGACGAGUCAGGUGAUGGUGCUCAAAAUGAAUCAGCUGGCGGCGAACAGGCCGAACAUGCUCAAGGAAGUCCAGCUCAUGAACAAGCUUAGCCAUCCGAAUAUACUCAGAUUCAUGGGAGUGUGCGUGCACGAAGGUCAGCUGCAUGCGUUAACGGAGUAUAUUAACGGCGGCAGCCUGGAACAGCUGAUUAUGUCGCGACACACGCCGUUACCGCUCCUCGUCCGGAUGAACCUGGCGAGGGAUGUGGCUCGUGGUAUGGCCUACCUACACAGCCGCGGCCUCUUCCACCGCGAUCUCACGUCGAAGAACGUGCUGAUCAAGAAAGACGAGUGCAGCAACGAGAUGACCGCGGUGGUAGGCGACUUUGGACUGGCCGCAAAAAUACCAGAUCCCAGCACGGGCUAUCGGCUCAGCACCGUCGGCAGCCCUUACUGGAUGUCGCCCGAAUGCCUCAAGGGUCAGUGGUACGAUCACAGGUCCGACAUAUUCUCCUUCGGCAUCGUCGUGUGCGAGCUGAUUGGCCGGGUUCCGGCAGAUCCGGACUAUUUGCCACGCUCAGAUAACUUUGGCCUCGAUUACCUGGCCGUGGCGGAGAUCUGCGCGGCCGCUGAUCCGCCACCCGCCUUUCUUCAACUUGCCUUCAAUUGUUGCACGUACGAACCUAAGUCCAGGCCGACCUUUCCGGAAAUCACUACCAGUCUGGAGACCAUGAUAGCGGUCUGCGAAGAAGAACUGAAAAGCAAUAUCGGUAAACGGCAGUCGACUGUCGAUCCAACGCUGAUGUCCAGCAUGGACGAGAUCGCGCGGGAGGGACGCACGACGAAGCGGCGUACCGCGAAGCUCAGAAGUCAAUCGGCAGACGCGCGAGGUUGCGAUAAUGCGACACCAUCGGAUAAGGCAAGAUGCCAUUCCGCCAGGCGAGUAGCUGAGCUCGCCAGCCGACGGGAUCCGCAUUAUAGGCCCGUGACGGCUAAUCCAUUUCACGCAUUGGGCGGCGUCAAGAAAAUCCUUGGCGAUUUGUUCUCCAGCUGCUUGGAGCUACCCUCGUUGGAGGACGUGCGACCAAGCGUCACGGAUAGCGCGUGCGGCAAAUUCAAGCCGGCGCAGAACGAUAGUAUUUCCAAGAUCUUGGAUAGGAAGAAGCCGAGCUCCGAACCGAGCAGUCCUACCGCCAGGAAAAAAUGGGAGAGAAAGGUCGCUAUCAAGGUAGGUGCAGCGAGCAUGUUCGCCCAUCCGCUUUUCCGGGACGGAAGUCCCGGGAGUUGGGAGCCGCGAAGACGUGGCAGCUGCGAAUCGGGUUUCUGGAGUUGCGUCGGUGAAGAUCUGAGUCCAGAGCCACCGAAUAGACGGCAUACAUCGACUCUCAGCAGUUCAGCAGCAAGUAGUUUGUUCCUGCUAGACGAUCAUCGAACUAGUUCGAUUUACACGGAUUCCUCCGAGGAUAUUGCCAGCUUAGGUGGCGGCGAUUCCUGUUGGGAGGACCGACUGAAUGGUAUUGGCUCAAGCAAAACCAUCUCGAAAAUUGUCGAAUACUUUGAAAGGAAGCAAGCAGGUAGAUUUGGCGAUCACGGCGAUACCGCUGCUCCCAGCCGUCUGACCCUGUUACGGGCCAGUUUAGAAGGGCCCGUUCCUAUUAGCAGCAUCUCAGCCGCGCAACGACUGGUCGUGUGCGAAGGUGCCGUGCGCAGUAAACUUGCGUUAUUCGACAAGAAGUGAUAUUACGCGUGAGUCGCUUGGGGAUUUCGUAUCGUCUUCCUUCGAUGCUCAAGCAGCACUCGCGUGAAUAGAACCGUGAAUGAAACGCGAUACAGGUCUCGGAAAGGAUUUGACAGAGGUUUGUCGUCAUGUGCGAUGACGGCGAAAAUUUUGGAAUGUUAUGCGAUAAUUAACAUGUUUCUUACGUGUAGUUGAGAGUGAAGAACAAAUGGUUACAUUAAAGAUAGUAGCAAUUGGGCUUAUUGCGCAUAAAAGAUUAGGGCGGAAAAGGGGAUUAUACAAUAUCGGCGUUAUUCGUGAUUUUUGUAGGCAGGAUAGCUGAUAACACGCGUGCGGCGUGCUUACGGACACUUCUCUAAAAACCUAGUAACCUGACUGUGAUGCUUUUUGAUAAUCUACAUACAUACAUACAUACAUACAUUAUUGAACUGUACGACUGAAAUUUGGCGGAGCCAUCAAUACAGGAUCUUUUAUACGCAACACGAGUUGCGUUUCAAUUUGGCUACAACGAUACACCGUUUGGAAAAGAUAGGGAAGGAGAAGAGAGUACGAAGCAAUAGCGAAUUUAAAAAAAAAA